ACGUGAGCUAUUCAAGUUUUUCAAAUAGGGACAGACAGAGGGACUUUUGCCCUGAUUUGAGUCAGGAAAAACAAGAGGAGUAUAAAUAGGAGGGGCUGUGUAGGAGUGGGUUGUUUUUCUGCAGAUCCAGCUCAGAAAGACUGCUGAAGACUCUCAAGUAAAGCAAGUGAGUGGGUCUGUUGUUUUGGAGACAUGUGGAAGGCAUUCAGCCUUAUCCUGGCUCUCUGCCUGCUAGCGGGCUGCGAUGCAGAGAGCGAGACAGAUGGUGCCCGCUGUAAGCCUUCCCCUCUGUGGAUGAUCGGAGAGGUAGAGCCCAUGAAGGAUGCCCUUGGACAUGUGACAGUGGUAGCUUUCCUUCAGGCCAGCUGAUUGUUUUGCUUGGAGCAGGCCUCAAAGCUUAGUGGCUUGCUCCUGAAGUUGGAGAACCAAGGUUAUGUGAAUAUAACCUACAUGGUGGUAAACAACCGAGAGGAAAGGUCACGGUGGCUCCACCACUUGCUCAAGGAAAGGCUGUCAAACGACAUCACCCUUUAUGCCCAAGACCUUCACCAACCUGACAUUUGGCAGGCAGUAAAUGCUGAGAAGGAUGACAUUUUGAUAUAUGACAGGUGUGGCCGACUCACUUACCAUCUGUCAACUCCCUACUCCAUCUUGACCAACCCAUAUGUGGAAGAGUCUAUAAGACAUACCUAUUGUAAUGGUAUUUGUGGAGAGUGCAACAUGGAGAGUUCAUUGGAACUUGGUGAGUGCAACAAAACCACAGAUGUGAAGCCUGAUAAGGAGCCUCACACACCAACAGAAGGAGGCCACAAUGAAGACCACCAUCGUCACCAUCAUGGUCAUGGUCACAACCCACAUCAAGGCCAUGACUUCACAGAGAGGCAUGGGCAACGUGGCUCCCACCACCACCAUCAUGCGGGUCACCACCAAGGCCAACAACAAGUUGAUUUUGGCCAAGUCCACUUGGGCCAGAAGAUCCUUGGCCAGGUGGAUUUUGGUCAGGUCGCCCACAAUGAGCCCCCUGUCAUGAUACAACCUUGAGCAAAGCACUCUAGGUGAAAAUUCCAGUACAGCUGACAUCAGGGGGUAGAGUCAUCUGGCGCCAGCUGAUGCUGACACUGACGACAGCUGUUUCCAGGGGAGGGCAACGGGCGUAUGGCCGGCCUCUGACAGUGUCAGGAGGAGCUUCCAGCCACCUGACGCUGACAGAGCCUGACAGGGGAGGACAACAAAAUCAGGGAGACCUGACAAUGACGUCCCGCCCCCUCAGCUGAGUGACAGCAGUCGCAGCCAACCUGAGCCUGACCAGCAGGGGUCACAAGCUGAGUCUGACAAGUGAAGUAAGCAGGGACACAAGUCUCUGUUACAACCUUGUCUGAUCAUUUACAGCCUCAUGCAAACAUCAGUGAGCCCAACACUGCUGCUCAGUACUCUCGAUUGAGCUUACCUACUAGUAUUUACACCUCAGAAUGUGGCAGAACUGGAACUUAACAUUCCAUUCUGAUUCCCAAAUUGUCUCUAAAAGUUUUCCCCAAAAUUUGAAUUCUGUCAUCAUGUACUCACCCUCAUGUUGUUCCAAACGGGUAUGACUUUCUUUCUUUUCAUCGGUGGACCACAAAACGAGAUGUUGGGUAGUAUGUUAAUCUCAAUCACCAUUCACAUUCAUUGUAUCUUUUUUCCCAUACAAUGUAAGUGAAUGGUGACUGAGCCUGUUAUUCUGCCUUAAAUCUCCUUUUGUGUUCUACAGAACAAUGUCAUACAUGUUUGAUACAACAUAAGGAAGGUCCAGUGUAUGUCUCUAUCUGAGAGUGUUAGGUUCAGUCAUGUUAUUGUCGUUUCACCUCUGUAUGCUUUAUUUGGCUUUUAUGAAGGCAGGUGCAUAAACUAUACACUAGUGGUGCUUGUCUGAUGUUAGGCCAAGCAGAGCAGAGGGCAAAGGUCAAGUAACAUCCUGUAACCCUUGCUAAACCCAACUAAAGCAAUAAGAAAGAAUGGGGUAUUAAAAUCAAGUGCGUCUUCUGAAUUCAUUAAUUCUGUAUUGAAAAAUAUUGUGAAAUGGGAUGUGAAAGUAGGCAGAGAGAUUCUGACCAUGAUGGUAUCUUCUUAAGGACCAAAAACUGUUUAAAUAUAUCAUUCAAGACUAAUGUAAUACUCUAGAAUCUACAUCUAUUUUAUAUUCAUUCUAGUUACUAACACAGACAUUGAAAGGGAUAUGGGACAGUAAAUGUAUUGGUCGACAUUACAAAAUCUCAAGUUAGUGUAGUAGACAUUUAUUAGAGGGGAAUUUGUAUCCAUGUCUCAAAGGGAGUAUUUGGAAAAGGUUUGGUCAACUUGUGUAGGAUUGUUUGAAACAUUUUACAUACUAAAUGAAGGUCUCCUGGAAAGUGUCUGAUAACUUGGAAAACCUGAGAAACUGUAUGAAAAAUGUAUGAUGUUGUGCAGUGACAAAGACAAAUGAAUGUAAAAGACAUGUGAAACGAAAGAGAAAAUAACAUGUUGCUUAUUGAGUAAAUCAAAUAAAUUUUUGACUUUCAAAUA